CAUUGUGGCCUCUGCCAUCACUUUUGGUUUGCAAUUGAAAGGAGUAUUUUCGUUGAUUUUAUAAUAUCGUUCAAAUAAUUUUGAAAAGCAAAUAUGUCUGGACGUGGAAAAGGUGGAAAAAUUAAAGGAAAAGCAAAAUCUCGAUCAAAUAGAGCGGGCUUGCAAUUUCCUGUUGGCCGAAUACAUAGAUUACUUCGUAAAGGCAACUACGCAGAACGUGUUGGUGCUGGUGCACCUGUUUAUUUGGCAGCUGUUAUGGAAUAUUUGGCUGCUGAAGUUUUAGAAUUGGCUGGAAAUGCAGCCAGAGAUAAUAAAAAGACUAGGAUUAUUCCACGGCAUUUACAACUUGCUAUCAGGAAUGACGAGGAGCUGAACAAACUUUUAUCUGGAGUUACAAUUGCACAAGGUGGUGUUUUGCCUAAUAUUCAAGCAGUUUUAUUGCCCAAAAAAACUGAGAAGAAAGCAUAAUUUUGCUUUUCAUUUAAAAAUAACAAUCGGUCCUUCUCAGGACCAUCAAUUUUUAUAACAAAGAACAAUCUCGAUAAAAAUUAUUAUAUGCUGUAUUUAAAAAAUUGGUUAACUUAGAUAACAUAAUCAGAACAUCAGAAAGGUUAGGUAUAAGGUAAGUAUAAGGUUAAGUGUAUACAUCCAUGGCAAUAAUUGCAGAUCAAUUUCAAAUUGAGAAAUAAUUUUUAUGAUAUAUAAAUAUUAAUAUGUCUUAUUUUAUUUAUUCUAUUUUUUUAUAAGAAGUAAAAUAAUUAAAAAAAAUUCCAUAUCAUAAAUAAUAUGACAAAUUAAUAUUUUGAUGCGAUAAUAGUAUAAACCAGAAUAUAUUACGUUUUGUGUAAUUAUUAUAAAGACAAAAAUAUAAUUUUUUACAUUUUGUUAUAUUAAAAUUUAAGAUAUGUUGUAAUUUCGGAGUACAAAUCAAAUAUCAUUGAUAUCUUAUAUGAUCAUAUAUCAAGAACAAGAAUAGAUAAGAAGAGUCAAUAGCAUGAUAGAGAUAGAAUAAUUGACUGUCAACACCAUCUCUUGAAUAUUAAAAAUAUUUCUUUAAAGAAGUAGAUUCAAUAUUUGCGUAAUUUUGCGUAAAAUAAAAUUAUCAACAAAAUAAAAAGAAAAUAAAGAUUUUCGAAAAUACAAUUGGAAUAUAUAUAAGUUAAGACAUUAUUGUGAAAAUUAUUAUUCAGAUAAAAUCGGUAUAGCAAAUUCACUACUAGAUAUAUAGAUAAGAUAAGAAUAGACCAAUUAGAUUUUAUAUUUAAUAAUGACAUACAAAACAGAUUUUUCAUUGCAUGGAAUAUAUUCAUAUUGUGAAGUACUAUUCGUAUAAAAAAAUCAGACGUUUUUAUAUAUCCUCUAAGAUUUAAAGUGAUGAAUUCGAGAAUUUAUCGGUAGAAUCAGCUAUAUUUUAGAAAAUCUAAAAUUUUGUGAAAACUUCAUUUUAUAUAAAAAAAUUAUUUAAAGCGAUUUGAAAAUUAAGAUCAAAAUUUUGCGAAAAACGUUUUAUUGAUAAAGUACAGAAUUUAUUAUCUAAUACAUUUUUGUGCUUCAUAGUUUAGAAUUAUAAAGAGCCUCAUUAUAAAUUAUACAUUUAUUUUUAACAUUUUAAAGAAUAAAUUCGAGGAGAAUAAAUUCAACUUAUAAAUAUAUAUAUUUGAUAUUUAUCAUUAUCAAUGAUUAUUAUUACGAUUGUCUAUAAAUAAUAUACUAAUAUAUUAUCAGAAUUUCGUUGGAUAAAGCAAAAUAAAUUAAAAAUUGAUAAUUAACGCCAUCUCUUGAAUUUCAAAAGUAAGACAAGUUAAGAAUUUAUAACCAGCGCCAUCUCUCGAGUUUUAGAAACAAGAUAAAUCAGGAAUUUAUAAUUAGCGCCAUCUCUCGAGUUUUAAAAAAUAUGAUAAAUUAAGAAUAUAUAACUAGCGCCAUCUCUUGAGUUUCAGAAAUAUUAUAGAUUAAGAAUAUAUAACUAGCGCCAUCUCUUGAGUUUUAGAAAAAAGAUAAAUUAAGAAUCGAUAAUCAGCGCUAUCUCUCGACUGCUUUAGUUUAUUUUUAAAAAAACUUUAAAAAGAUGUUAUUGGCACUCACAAGAUGUCAUUGAAAAUCAAUUCUUAUUAUCUCUAUCUUUUUCAAUCAUUUAUUAUCUUUGUUUACUGUGAUUUAUUUGCGGCAUUCUGAAGAUGAUGCUAAUUUCAAUAUUUUUAUCAUAUAUUUCCUUCUCCCAUUCUUUGCUUUCUCUAUACUUUACAAUUUAUGCUCAAGAGAUUUGAUUAACUGUAUAAAUUUAUAAUUAAUCAACACAUUAUACUAGCAAUUAUAUCGAUAAUAUAAAUAUUCGCGGAUAGACAGAUUACAACUAAAAUACACUAUAUUCAAUGAAGAUUUUUAAAAAAUAUAUAAUCUUUUCAGCUUCAAUUAAAAAUUAAAAUGUAUAUUUAAAAGGAAAAUACAAAGCUAUAAAAACAUAUAAGAUUCUAUCUUCUCUCAUUCGUAUUUAAUUUCAAUAUUUCGUGCACGCGCAUGUUUGUUUAAUGAAAAUGAAAAACACUCGAUGCUAUUUUCCACAGCGCAAACGUGAAAUUUCUCCUCCCCCCUUCCUCACCCUUUCUCCCUGUUUUCCACCGUCUCUGUGUAUUUCUCAUAGUCCGUCCAACAUACUCUUGCCGCAAUGUAAGCACGAGGCAACGACUGCUGACCCGUCAUAUUGAUCGACCUGGAUCCGCACUUCGCCUCUAUCCGAUUGCGCGAUUCGGGUGGCGCUUCACAGACUGCGCCGCGACGCCUCGCGACGCUUAAACACGCUAGCGUAGUCGUAACCACUGCACUUGUUUUUACACCGCAUCGUCCUUCUUUACAUGGAAUCGUCCUCCGCCAUGCUGGUGUUGCAGUGAUCACAUAAAUCAACAAGAGUACGCAUAUUUAUCGACGACAGUGACGGGUGGAUCUGCUCGAAGGGAACCAGACCUUGGAAAUUAGUGUUCCUCUAAUCUUCGCCGAGUUUCCGGUUUCAUUGAACGAUUGUAUAUUCCAGAUCUUCUUCCCACGAAUUGUAAUUUUUGCCCUCCUCGGAUUCAUCGCGGUGACAUAAAGCGUUGCUCGAAUGUGGCUGACAGGAAGAUGAAACCGCGACAUUGUGACGGAAGACACGAUCCAAGCUGGGACGAUCGUCCGUGCUCAUAGCAGUCCGUCAAUUCCACAAAUUCGAAAUUCAUAUAAUUCAGAAUUUCUGAGAAUUCCUCUUAACCCCUUCGAAAACUUAUCUUUUACACGGUUACAAAGGACCAAAAAAAUCUUCGAUCGACGUAUUAUAACGAAGUCGAUCGCCUGACAGGCGAAUGCAACUCCUUGAAUUGUAUCGAAAACGAAUUCUAUCGUGGGGGUAAGAUCGUGACACGGCAUGAAGUUGUACAGGAAAUAAGUGGGAAACUGUCGUACUGGAAACAUGUUGCCGAAUUACUUGAUAGGGGGUGAGUUUUCCUCAGGAUUUUUUUUUUCUUCUCUAUUUCUAUACCGAUAUUUGUUUAUCAAUUGAAAAGAAACAUCUUUUUUUUUUUUUGAAUCGUAUUCAUUAUUUAUUGUUUCGCCGUGAAAAGAAUCUCUCAGGCACAUGUAAUGGAUAUACAUAAGCACGAAUACAGAAAACACACGCACGGAUUUAAGUGAAGAUUUUGCAUUACACAAGUUUUUCACACUGUUUUUGUAAUUAAUGAUUGUUAAAUGUGUUUUUUGAAAAUUUAUACAUUUAUUGUGAUAGAUUAAUACUUUGUUGUAGUUCAUUGAUCUCGUAAAAAGAAAUCUUUUUUUCUCCCGUUGAAUACACACAUAUUUUUGAUCGAUAUUCGAAACUAUGGAAAAUAUUAAAUAGUGUAUAAUCUUAUAAUUGUAUAUCUAUUAAAUUGUAAUAGAGCUAUGUAUAUUUAUUGUAUUUAUUAUAUUUAUGCUAGUAAAUUUAUCUUCGUUUAAUUCA